AAUUGUCCCCCUCCCUUUCAUUGUACCUAUCAAUCAGGAUAUGAAUCACCAAAACCAGACCUUUCUACACACAUGGUUUCAACCAAUAGAAAAUCACCUAUAAAGAGAAACACCAUUGUUCUUCCCAGUGGAAACCAUCUCUACAUUGAAUAGUAUAAAACCACAUAGCUAGAUCCUUCAAGCCGAUCGAACUCUCCAAAACAAUCAAAACCCUUUUCCUUUUCAAUCCCAAAUCUCUCAGAACCUUAUAGUUUAUUGAACCCCUUUUCAAACCCCUCUUGCUUCUCCAAACAUACCAAUCAAGAAGCAGCUGCAGCUCUUUUUGACACACCAUGGUUUUGAUUUCAGGUCUUCCUGAUGAAGUUGUCUACGAUUGUCUUAUUCGUGUCAAGUAUGAUCAGUUUCCGACUAUAACAUCUGUUUGUAAAGGUUGGAAAUCAGAGGUUGAGCUACCAGAGUUUCAUCGCCUCCGAAAGAAUAGUGGUUAUGGCCAAAAGCUCGUUGCGAUGGUCCAAGCAUGUGUUGCUUCCAACCAAGGUGGUGCUGCUGCUGGUGUCUUCAAGUGCCUGCAAAGCCCGACUUACCGGUUCACUGUUUGUGAACCGGAUUCUGGUGACUGGGGAGAGUUCCCGCCAAUUUCCGUUUUCCCCGGUGGGUCUCUACCCAUGUUCUGCCAGUUUGCGGCGGUUGGAACCGAUUUAGUGGUGGUUGGCGGUUUGGACCCGGUGACAUGGGCGAGUUGUAAAUCGGUCGUCGUCUACAACUUCAUGACUGGCACGUGGCGGCGCGGAGCUGAUAUGCCGGGUGGGUCCCGCAUAUUUUUCGGGUGUGCGUCAGACUCUAAUCGGACGGUGUUUGUUGCCGGCGGACACGACGACGAGAAGAAUGCGUUGAGAACGGCGAUGGCAUAUGAUGUGGCGAAAGACGAGUGGAUUCUAUUGCCUGACAUGGAAAGAGAGCGUGAUGAAUGUAAGGUUAUUUUUCAACAUGACAAGCUCCAAGUCAUUGGUGGCUACAACACUGAAAUGCAAGGUCGCUUUGAGAGAACCGCUGAGACAUUCAACAUAUCCACAUGGCAGUGGGAUUGUGUACAAGAGGAUUUCUUACAAAUCGCCAUGUGCCCACGAACUUGCGUCGUUGGCAAUGACCGGUCAGUUUAUAUGUGUCAUGAUGGUAACAUGAUCAAACAAGGAUUUGGUAUGUGGCAAAUUGUGGCCGAGCUACCACCUCAGGUGCGUAAUCCGGCCUCCGUGACAACGUGGCACAAUAAGCUGUUAGUGAUUGGAUGUCUCGAAUUCGGUGGACCCCAUAUGGCUUACAUGUUAAAUUUGGAAAAUAACACCUGGAGUAAGUUAGAGACGUCUGAGAAGUACUCUGGUCAUGUUCAGUCAAGUUGUUAUUUGGAGAUUUAAGUGCCGUAGAAACUCUGUCAAUUAAGCCGGAAAAUAUAUGAAAUAGUUGGAGUUUGGGAAACCAGAAUGUAGUGUGCAAGGUUGUAUUUGCCUCUUCAAUGUUUGGGAAAAGCCAUUUGUCUAUGUAUAAACCAAAGAGCCAAAUCUAACAUUACAAAACCAGAUCUUGGAUUUGUGCACUAUUUUAAGGGAAUGGUUUUGCAAGCGCACCAAAGUAAAUUAAGAAAGGGACAUAUGGAUCGAUCCCUAGCUUUCAUUUUCAUGUAUGUUUUAUUGCAUUAUAGUGUUUUUGGAGCCACUAGCUCCUCCGAAGUGGCAUGGAUC